UCUCUCUCAUUCAAAAAAGAUCAAACAAAAACCCUUUUUCUUUUCACUCUGUUUUUCCUAUCCAAAUGGAAAGAAAAGUUAAGAAGAAGAAGAGUGUAACACUUGAUCAUUUUUAUAAGAAGAGAGCUUGUGAGAGUGAAAGAGAUGAACAAGGAAUGACUCCUCCAUCUCAACCUAUUAAAGUUCCAAGAAUUGAAGAAGACAUAACUCAUAUGACUCAACCUGUUGAUGUUCAAAGAAUUGAAGAAUUGCAUAACGCGGGUGAUUUUUUGAAUUCUUUAGAACGUGAUCCUGGAAAGCGUUCCCCAAUAUGGACAUUUCCAGCAAAUCAUGUGGAUGAAAUACGAAGAGCUUAUUUGAAUUGGGGUCCAUAUCAAAUCCAUUUAGAAGAAUAUCCUUUGUCUGGUACAGGAGAUCAUCCAAGACGGUUUAAAGAUACUUGGUUUAACUUAUUUCAUUCAUGGCUAGAAUAUUCACCUUCAAAGGAUGCCGCAUUUUGCUUACCAUGCUAUCUUUUUAACAAAGGACCAAAUGGACGUUCUGAAUUUGAUGUCUUCGUUAUUACAGGUUUUAGAGGUUGGAAGAGAGUUAGAGAUGGAAAGAAUUGUGCUUUUCUUAAGCACGUUGGGAAGGAUCCUUGCUCGCAUCACAACAAUGCAGUGAAAGCUUGUAAUGACUUGUUGAAUCAAAGGGCACACAUUAGACAUGGAUUUCAAAAACAAAGCUCAAGUCAAAUUAUGAAUAACCGACUACGUCUCAAGGCUUCAAUUGAUGUUGUUCGUUGGUUAACACUUCAAGCUUGUGCUUUUAGGGGUCACGACGAAAAGGUUAUAUCAAAAAACCAAGGUAAUUUUCUUGAGUUGCUAAAACUUUUGGCCUCUUAUAAUGAUGAAGUUGCACAAGUUGUGUUGAAUAAUGCUCCAAAGAAUGAAAAAUAUACUUGCCAUCAAGUUCAAAAAGAGCUCUUGGCAAUUCUUUCUAGUAGAGUGAAAAAACAUAUCCGUGAGGAAAUUGGUGAUUCCAAGUUUUGUAUCAUUGUAGAUGAAGCUCGCGAUGAGUCACAAAAGGAACAAAUGGCUCUUGUGUUAAGAUUUGUUGAUAAAGAUGGUUUAAUACAAGAGCGAUUUUUGAUAUGA